UCUUUUCUUCUCAUAGGCUGUUUCAUUUUUUCUUUGUGGCACUGGCAUGAACACACACAGACAGACAGACACACACAGGGACUUAAAAACAUCAGAUCUACACAGCUCAGCCCCAUAAAGGAGUAUGCUGUUUCUUUCUUGUUCCCUCUGUUGUUCACGUUGUUCUGUCUUCAUCUACACUGAGAGGAUCUGCUGUAGCUGUGCCUGUCUUUGGGAUGUUUGCCAGUCUGAUGGAGUAUACCAACUUAACUACAGAGCAACUCAGAGAUACUGUGUGUUUCUUCACCUCACUGGGAACUUUAUUUUAUUCCAGCUGGCACCGUGUUUGUUCCAGAGUCUUCCAUCAUCUCUGAAAAUAUGUCAAGUGGCCUGCGGAGAGCGACACACUCUGUUUGCGCUGGAGGAUGGCACUGUGGCGGCAUGUGGGCAGAAUGAUUAUGGACAAAUUGGCAGUGGUUCUAAUGAAAAUGUGGUUGUCCCUCGCCUUGUGGAGUGUGUGCACCAUGUGUCGAAGGUCACCUGUGGGGCAAAUCACAACCUUGUUCUUACAGGUGAUGGCAGAUUGUUUCAGUGGGGCUGUGGACGGGCAUGUGGGAACACAAACAGGAACAUCCUGUUCCCAGAGGAGGUGACUCUACCAGGCUUGCCAGUGAGAGACAUCGCUGGAGGUUGUUGGCAUAGCCUGCUUCUAACAGAUGGUGGGAAUGUCUUCUCCUGGGGGAUGGGGCAAGAGGGGCAGCUUGGACUUGGAGAGGACAGGCUGCACAUAUCUGCUCCUUGUCUUGUCAGCUAUUCUCAGCUAACUGAGGUCACACAGAUACAGGCAGUGGACAGCUACAGUGCAGCUGUCACAGCAGGUGGAGAGCUGCUUCUCUGGGGUCAGAUCCCUUGUGUUUCCCGGGUCAGUUAUCACACAGGUCUCAAAAGACUCUGGACCCCCCAGUCUGUUCCUCUGGCAGGCCGAAAGGUGAUUGAUGUUGCCUGUGGAACACGGCACAUGAUGGCUCUCACCACAAGGAGCAGAGAGAAGAACAGACACUAUUCUCACCAGGAAACUGAAGCUCACUUCAGAGACCUUGUCAGCAAUCCUGUACCAACGGAGAAAGAAAACACAGUGAAAGACUCGAGCCAGGUUCAACACAAGCUGCUUCAAGGUCUGGAGACACCAGAAGGCACCGAGGAGCAGAAGACAGAUGAAGAACGCAAGAGUGCAGAGGAAGAGGAAAGACAUGAGCAAAAACCAAACACAGAUGAGCGAGACAUAGCGUUACGCGAUGCAGCAUUUGCCAUAGCCAGGUCUGCAGCGGGGAUGCACAGGACAAGAAAUGACCACUCAUCAAUCAGAUCUGGCCAGGGGGAUGAUAGGGAGGACUGUAGGACAGCAGGGCCGUGGGAGCUGAGGAAUAGGCCAUUAAUAAGCAGACGAAGUAGCCGUGAUGUAGUCUUCACUACAUUGCAUCUUUUGCCUAGAUCGGGGUUAGAGCGAUGCAGGCCCAGUGGCCCCACGUUGCCCCAGCUGUUGACAGCACAAGCUCAAAGCAGAGUUUUGGCUGGGGCUCGAAAGGUGAGUACUAAUGUGGUUAUCACAAAGGGAAGAAAUUAAAUCUCAAGCUUCUUACUGUUGUUUCCGCUGACGAGAAUAUACAUGAAUACAAAGUGAAGCAAGCAUUCAGGUUUGCACAGUUUAAAUUUAACACUUUUGUCCCAGUGAAUACCAUCCAAACACAAGUGUUUUGUCUUUUACUGGAUAAUUGAAAGUACAGAAUGAAGAAAAAUGUCGAGGCGUCUUGCGUUGUACUUUUAUUUUUUAUAGUAUUUGAGAAUGUUUCAUCUUUUGUAUGUGCUCAGGGGCUACAGAUGAAAAGGAGCCUUUUGACUAACUGGCAUAUUUUCAGAAAUGAUAAUCAUGGUCUCAAUUAAAUAAAUGAAUAAACUCAACUAAGCUCAAUCUGGCAAAAUCACAAGGCCUUAAACCCGUUAUUUGUUAUACCUCCUAUAAAUGUCAGUCUUACAACAUGACUGUGAGAGCUAAGUGGUUUUACACUUCUAGAGUCAGUAGUGAAUCACUUUGGCUGAGAUUAAAGAAACAAGUAUACCGUAAGUGGUUGGCAGGCUUGAGGUGUGACUUUAGUAUUGGACAGCUGCAAGAAUGGUGAUUUACAAACAGUAAGCAGCUGAAGUGAUGAAAUGUAGAAAAAUGAAGCCUUCCAAAGGAAGACUGAUAGACUGUAAAUCCUUUGUCUAUUUAUAUCUAUAUCUAUAUCACAAUAUGUCUGUUUGGCUGUGACUUUUUCUCACAAAGUUAUUUUUUGUGUUUGAAUUUUUCAGUCCUAUGUGAACUGGUUUCACAUCUAUUCUUGUUAUUUUUUCAUUUGUCUCCUUAGGAUGGAUCUGCUAAUCUGUCUCAGUUGGUCCAAAAAUCAGGAAGCGACAGCAGCAUUUUGCAUUUUCCCAGACCCACACCCAGACCUCCAGAGAGAUGUACAAAUCCUGAGGUUCAGAAGGUAGACUCUUGUCAGCAAUCAAGAAUUAGAGUACACGGUGGCCGUAAGUCUUCGAUUUACAAUUCUUCUCCCAAACUGAGCCCUGGACAACAAGCUCAGAGGGCCUCACCUUCCUCCCACCAGGGACCACGAGUCAGAACUUCUUUUUCUCCAACUUCUUCUUCCUCUGAACCUUUCAAUUAAUGUCCUACACACUGAAGAAUAGUUCCCUCCUUUGGCACCUCUUGGAAGAAUCUGUAAGAUUCCACAGAUCAGGUUCUCUUCAUCAGUGAAAUUUGUUGAUUUAUUGUUUAUUUCUUUAUGAAAACCUGAAUAUUUUUUACCAAUAGUUGCCUAGAAUGACUGGAUAUGGAAUGAGAAUGUGUAAUCAGUGGUACAGCCUUUGGGGAGACCACAUACAGAGCUAAAUACUUUCGAUUCCAAGGUUCCCGAUAAACAGCCUCUUGCUCUGUAGGAGUUCCCCUAAACAGAGUCCAGUUCAGCAUUAAUGGGCUCCACUUUACUUCACACUGUGAUUUGGCAAAUAUGUUCCUUUUCCAAACCAUAUCACUCUACAACACUCAUGAACCUUGACCUCCUAUGAUUGCAUUAGACUUUCGUCUUACAGUCAAAGCUGCGUGAAGGCACUGCGGAGUCACUGAAUCACUACAUUUCAACAGAGAUGAGAGAGGGUUUUCUCCCUACAUAUACAGAGCCCAGUUUUUUAAGACUUACAGUAUGUUGUUUAUUAAAAACAUGACACCCUCUCAGAUCUUGGCCUCUUGUAAGACAUUUCACGGUGGAGCAUUUUCAUGGCUGCCCGUCUCUGCACUAUGAGUCACAUGUGCACGCUACUAUGGCUCUUUUGAGUGUGAGGAAAUUGAUUUGUUGCAGAGAUAAUACUAUAUGAUGAGGUUUCGCAACGUAAAUAGGAUCAUUACAGGAAACACGGCUUCCUUUGAAUCUGGUUUCUCUUUGUCUUUACUGUUUUGUAUUCGCAUUUCCUAGAGUGGUCCUUCAUUAGCCUUGUGCUGUAUGCAAACUGGUUUAGUUUUGUUUGUUUGUUUUCUGGUUUUUUUUUUUUUUUUGCACAAUGUGGAUCAUCACCACAUAAUUCCUUUUUUGGCUUUUCUUUGUAAUCAAUGUACCUUGCAAAUCUUUUUCUAUCAUCUAUAUUUAA